CGACCUCGCCUGAUCCUUCCCAUCCUGGCCUUGGGCACCGAUGGCUUCUUAUCAAGGCACUUCAUAUUUUCCGCAGAGGCGGAGAAGUAGAUUGCGGCCGAGCAGAGAAAAGAGAGAUACAGUGCUCAUCUCGCAGUACUUUCAUGGUUUCGUAUAAUUUGUGAGAAGCAGAGAAACCGGAAGAUAAACUUGUAGAAAGUCUGGGACUCGCAAUUAUUACUUCCACAGUAUGUUGUUCGGAGGGUCAUUGAACGAACUUUGGCGGGAAAACGGGCAUGGUGGGUGGGCCACUGUUUUUGCUUUGAUUGUGAUAUUGGUUUGGCACUGUUACAAGAGGUUCCCCUUUAUAUUCUCGAGUUCCAAUCUGACCCUGUCUGAUUCUGGCGCUAAGAUUAAUCCGCAAUUAAAAAUGUCGGAGAUUGUGUCAGAUGCUGAUUUAAAGUUCCUAAUUGAAAAUUUGGAUCAGGAGCACCAUGAUAAUGAGAAGUGGGAACAUGUCAUAGACAAAAGAAAUACUGUUCUGUCCUACAAUGCUAAAUGUUGCAAGCCUAAGGAUGGUCCCCUGAAGUACUUGAGUGAAACAGUAUUUGAGAACUGUUCUCCUGAGAUGUUAAGAGACUUCUACAUGGACAAUGAUUACAGAAAGAAGUGGGACAAGACCCUGGUUGAGCAUGAGCAGCUGCAGGUGGAUCGAACUAAUGGGGUUGAAAUCGGUUGCACUAUAAAAAAGUUUCCACUCUUAACACCUAGGGAAUACAUAUUAGCUUGGAGAUUAUGGGAGGGGAAAGAUAGAACUUUCUACUGUUUUAUUAAGGAAUGUGAACAUCCUUCCACACCACGACAGAAGAAGUAUGUACGUGCUCGAUUUUUCAGAUCAGGUUGGCGAAUCAGGAAAGUACCUGGUAGAAAUGCUUGUGAGAUCAAAAUGUUUCACCAAGAAGAUGCUGGUUUGAAUGUCAAUAUAGCUAAGCUGGCCUUUGCUAAGGGGAUAUGGAGUUAUGUGUGUAAUAUGGAUAAUGCACUGCUCAAAUACUCUGCUGUCAGCCAUCCUCAUUCCGCUGUCACUGCAGUCACUUUAAUUCAGAAGGUUCCACCAGCAUUAGAUACCGUGGAAGGUAUUACCUCUCCAGCAACUGCUUUUCAUAGACAAAUUACCAAUGAACCUAAAGAGAAGAAGUUCAUAAGAAGACCAUCAAGAAAGUUUCUGGCAAAUGGUUUGCUCUUUGUUGGAGGUGCAAUCUGCCUGUCUCGUGGUCACACUAGCCUGGGCGCUAAAGUUGCCAUGGCAUACAUCUUGGCAAAGCUAAGUAAGCGUGGGAACACAUCAGACCAAAGCAGGGAAAGUUGAGGUACAUGACCUUGAUGCAUCAUUACUGAUAUUGGACAGCGUAGUAUAGUUUAUAAUAUUGUUUGUUGUAGCUUGGCACCUAACUUAUGUGCCAUUUGUGGAAUGUUUGUCUGCCUUUACCUCUGUGCAGAUGAGGGAAUAAAGAAGGUUAAAAGACAAAGGGAGCGGGUGGGGUUGUAAAAUAAUUUUGUUUUGUUAUUUUCCUAUGUUAUGUUUUCAAGUUUUGUAAAUAAACUCAGUACUUUCAUGUUACAUACAUCUUGAUGUUGUGUACAAAAUAAGAAACUGAUCUAGUCAAUGAAACGUUAUAGAAACUCAAAUUUUAUCAA